AGCAAAACAAUUUUAGCAUUAUACCCCAUCGGACUAUCACUCACCCGUAUUUAAUCACUUUGACAUUUAACAGCAAGAGGUGCAGGUGAGUUCAAGCAAGCGCCUUUUAAUAGUUCGCACUUUCCUCAAACGAUUUUAUGCCAUUUGGCUGCACCAGCUCUCCAGCACUUUCUUCACUCAUCAGAGGUCGUCUUGCGCAACGCUGGAGAGCGCAUCCUCGUUUUAUAUUUCGCAUCACCAAUGUACCAACUCGAAGAGUUCUAUACUCUUCUAUCGCAAACGCGAUGCUAGGACGUGCUGUUAAAGCUAAAGCUACGGAGCCCCAAUCUCUGCAUCCGAAAAACGACGCAAAGAAGGCAGCAAUUACUCAACAAAAUAUGACACGAAAUGGGAAUAUUCAAGAGUCAUUAAAGCCAAAACCCUCGCAGGCAAUCGGUGGAUAUGUACAACCCUUGAGGCCAGCCUCAGCAAAUGAGAAGAUGUUGCCAAAGAAAAGUCAAUCGACAAUUGCAUCAAGUGCCGUCAGCUCUCAUUUGAGUUCGUUAUUCAGCAGGGAUGGUGCGUUCCAAGAUACACCAAAUAGUAGCUUUGCUAUGGAAUUCAAUGAGGACGAUUGGAGCGAUGACGAUAAUAUAGAUUUCGAUAUCAGUUACACGUUGCCUACAAAAACUUUAUCUACCAAUACCUCCAUGCCAGCGCCCCCGAAACCUACCCUUACAACAAUACCGUCGUCCCCAUUUGCGGAAAGAGUAAAACCACAGCGAGCUCCAAGCAGUAGCGCGCAUACCUGGUCGUCUUCGCCACCUUCGCAUAAAGAGACGCCGCCUGGAGCUAAAAAGCGGAGAGAGCGUGAGCAUGAGCAAUCGGCGGCACAGUCUCUCAUAAUCAUAGAAGAUGAUGAGGCACCAAAACCAAAACGACGAACAUUACCAUGGAUACAGAAACAGUCGGAACAAGAUGAGGUGUCCCAUAGACAAGAACAAGCAGAUGAAAGCUCUCAAACGUCUGUCAUAUCUGCUCCAGCUGUUUGUUUCAAAUGCAGACAGACAGGCCAUUACAGCAAGCAAUGUCCGAACAGCCGCAAGGGAAAAGUAAGUGAAUGGGAUCUUGAUCGGCAAAAUUGUACUUCGGUGAAUCAAGACAAGAAGCAACCUUGGGACAACACUGAAAGACAGGUUGCGGAAAACAAGAAGCUAGUCAAGGAAAGGCGAAAGAAAACAGUUGACCUAGCUGAGAAGGCAGCCGGCGAGGCACAUAGUCGCAUUAAGACUGCUAAAUUAGCUCCGAUACACCUGACUGACGAGCAAACUCGGGUCAAGAGUUUGGUCGUGGAUCACGGUAAAAGUGUCUUCUUUACUGGUUCUGCCGGUACUGGAAAAUCUGUUCUGAUGAGAUCCAUUAUUGCUGCUUUGAAAAAGAAGUACGUUCGCGAGGGUGACCGAGUUGCUGUCACGGCUUCAACAGGUUUAGCUGCCUGCAACAUCGGUGGCGUGACUCUCCACAGCUUUGGAGGCAUUGGGCUUGGUAAAGAAGAUGUACCUUCACUCAUAAGAAAGAUAAAGAAAAACAACAAAGCUAAGCUUCGGUGGACGAGAACCAAGGUUUUGGUCAUUGAUGAGAUUUCCAUGGUUGAUGGCGAUUUGUUCGAUAAGCUAGAAGAAAUCGCGAGGGGAAUGCGUAACAAUGGACGACCAUUUGGAGGUAUACAACUUGUGAUCACUGGAGACUUUUUCCAAUUGCCCCCUGUUCCAGAUUACAAUCAAAAGAGUCGAGGUGUCAAAUUUGCAUUCGACGCUGCUACCUGGGGAACGGCAAUCCAUCAUACAAUUGGUCUAACUGAAGUUUUUCGUCAGAAGGAUCCUGGUAAGGUGGAGAAUCAUUUCAUGCCGAAGCAAGCUAACACUGCAUAGUAUUCGCAAAUAUGUUAAACGAGAUGCGGUUAGGAAAAGUCUCCCAAGACACUAUAAAAGCUUUUGCCGGAAUGAAACGCGCCAUAAAUUAUGAAGACGACUUGACUGCUACAGAAUUGUGCGUAUAUUUCAAUACUAGCGCUCUUCAUCACUGACUGGUCUUUAGGUUUCCAACUCGGAACGAGGUCGAGAACUCAAAUACCUUCAGAUUGAGAAGUCUACACGGCAAGUCAUAUAGAUAUGAUGCUGCUGACUCGGGUUCAAUCACUGACGAAGGGAUGAGAGAGAAACUUCUUUCAAAUAUGAUGGCUCCUAAAUCCAUCGAACUUAAGAAGGGAGCUCAAGUCAUGUUGAUCAAAAAUAUGGAUGAUGGACUAGUAAACGGAUCACUUGGGAAAGUUGUCGCUUUCAUGAGUGAAAAGUCGUUCGAGAUCUAUGAUUCGAACCCAGAUAUACUCAAUGAAAAAGAACUUUCCGAUGCUGAGGAGGAACACAACCGUCAAUCAGACCUAGCGAGGUUUAAACAGACCAAUAAAGAGUUACCUAUCACCGGAAUCUCCAAUAAUGGCAGGCUGUUCCCGCUGGUGCGGUUUUCUAUCCCAGAUGGAACUGUCAGAGACCUUCUUGUUCAGCCAGAGGAAUGGAAGAUUGAGCUACCAAACGGAGAGAUACAGGCACAACGCACCCAGUUACCUCUUAUUCUUGCCUGGGCACUCUCUAUUCACAAAGCACAAGGGCAAACUCUUGAGCGUGUUAAGAUUGACUUGAAGAGAGUGUUUGAGAAUGGUCAAGCUUAUGUUGCUCUGAGUCGAGCAACAAGCCAAGCUGGCUUGGAAGUCCAGAACUUCGAUCCGAAGAAAGUCAUGGCUCACCCGAGGGUUGCUGAAUUUUACAACAGCUUGUAUAGCGUUAACAGAGCUUUGGCGCACCCCAAAGUUGCGAGGGCUGAUCCACCAAAGAUAGCAAUGAAACCUAUCAAGCCACUGAGAGACGAUCCGUCUGUUGAUGAGGACGAGGAAGAGAUGGCACGCAAUUUCGGUUGAAAUAGCGGGCGUCUCAAAGAGUCAUGACAACAAUUAUUUCGGGUGUUUACAGGAGUCGCUAGGAGUGGCUUAGAUUUUGCUCAAUUGGUUUGUGAAAGUUAUAUGGUCGAUCUACAAUCAUGAACUGGGCUCGCAAACGCGGGAAUUGUUUGAGCGGCGCCAUUGUUUAGCAUGGGAUUAAAAGACGAGUAUGAGUAAUGCCCUCCCUCUUCAUAUGUAUAAAAUUUACUCACGAAUAAAAUACAAGGACUUUUUGUUAAACCCGCUAAUAUUGACCAAAUGAACACUGUCUAAUGUUUGUGCAAUACUCCUGCCCCUACCUCUGAAGAUCUUAACGGACGUUUGGUACAGUGA